AUGACGAGUAAUACGGCUGAGGCGACCUCUAUUGUCGCUCCAGACGUCUCCAAAGUAUCCAUCCUCGGCUCCGAAUCGAUCAUCCUCGGUUUCCACUUGACGGAAUAUAUUCUUCGCGAUGUCCUGACAUCCAUCCCAGCAUCCAACUAUGUCUUGAUCACUGAUACCAACUUGGCCACUUUGUAUCUCCAAAAGUACAUUGAUUGCUUUAACAAGGUCAGCGGUGAAUUGUUCCAAGGCAAAAAAGCUCCUCGUCUUUUCACUCGAGUCCUUCCUCCCGGCGAACUUACCAAAUCGCGCAAGACCAAAGACGAGAUUGAGGACUGGCUCUUGUCCAAUGCAGUGACACGCGACACUUGUUUCCUUGCCAUGGGCGGUGGUGUCAUUGGCGAUCUCAUUGGCUUUGUUGCUGCUACGUUCAUGCGAGGCGUUCCCUUUGUGCAGAUCCCCACCACGCUCUUGGCCAUGGUGGACUCAUCGAUCGGUGGCAAGACAGCUAUUGACACCCCUGCAGGCAAAAAUCUCAUUGGUGCCUUCUGGCAGCCCAAGCGUAUCUUUAUGGAUCUCGUCUUUUUGCAGUCAUUGCCUGAACGUGAAUUCGCCAAUGGUAUGGCUGAAGUUGUCAAGACGGCUGCUAUUUGGAGCGAACCUGAUUUCAUAAAGUUGGAGAAUGGUGUGGAUGCUAUUCGUGAAGCUGUCCUCAAUAGCAAUCCCAGUAGUCCAUUGGAAGGUGCUACGCUUGCCACUCGUACCGAAGCUCAAUCUCUUCUUUUGGAUGUGAUUAUGGCAUCUGCUCGUGUCAAAGCACAUGUGGUGACCAACGAUGAACGCGAAGGUGGAUUGCGUGGUUUACUCAACUUUGGACAUUCGAUUGGGCAUGGCAUUGAAGCACUUGUUUCACCUCUCAUGUUACACGGUGAAUGUGUAUCCAUUGGUAUUAUGAAGGAAGCUGAGCUCUCUCGUCAUUUGGGCCAUCUUAGCCAAGUGGCUGUGGGUCGUCUUGCUCGUUGUUUAAGCUCGUAUGGCUUGCCUAUCAGCUUGGAUGACAAAAAGACCAAGGAACGCAUCGGCAAUCUCCACGUACACAUUGAUGAUGUCAUGGAUGUCAUGAAGGUCGACAAAAAGAACCAAGGUGACAAGAAGCGUAUCGUCCUUUUGGCAGCUAUUGGACGCACCCUUGAACCACGUGCUUCUGUGGUAGCUGAUGCUGAUAUCCAAAAAGUGAUUGCUCCUGAACAAUUGGUGUUGCCAGUAACCGAAUCACCCACCGGUCCCCGUAAGCAAGUAUCGCUCACCACCCCUGGAUCCAAAUCGAUUUCGAAUCGCGUCAUGUUGAUUGCUGCUCUUGGUCAAGGCACUGUACGCAUCAAGAACUUGUUGCAUUCGGAUGAUACACAAUACAUGUUGGCAGCAUUGCAAGCUCUUGGUGCAGCUGAUUUUGAAUGGGAGGAUAAUGGUGAUACUCUUGUGGUCCAUGGUGGUGCUGGCAAGUUGCGUGUACCUGACAAGGAGCUCUACGUUGGCAAUGCCGGUACAGCUUCACGCUUUUUGACUUCGGUGCUUACUUUGAUCCCAUCUACGGAGGGUAGCAACGCAUCUGCAGCCGUAUUGACUGGCAACGCACGCAUGAAACAACGUCCCAUUGCACCUUUGUUGACAGCACUCAAGGCCAAUGGAGCACAAAUCCAAUCAACUGAAAAGGAAGGUUUCUUGCCUAUUGCUGUCACUCCCAAUGGUGGUUUCAAGGGUGGUCGUAUUGAAUUAUCAGCAUCCAUCUCUUCUCAAUAUGUCUCAUCCAUCUUGUUGUGCGCUCCUUAUGCUGUUGAACCUGUUGAAUUGGUGUUGACAGGUGGUCAAGUUAUUUCACAACCUUACAUUGACAUGACCAUUGCCAUGAUGGAAUCCUUUGGUGUAUCCGUUGAGCGUUUGGAGAACAACACUUAUCGUAUCCAACAAGGCUCGUACAAGAACCCCGACACCUAUGUCGUUGAAUCCGAUGCCAGCUCUGCCACCUAUCCACUUGCCAUUGCAGCUAUCACUGGUACUACUUGCACAGUCACUAGCAUUGGUUCCAGCUCGCUUCAAGGUGAUGCUACUUUUGCUAUCAAUGUUUUGCGACCUAUGGGCUGUACUGUUGAGCAAACGGAGACCACAACUACUGUUACUGGACCCCCUGUUGGUCAAUUGAAACCACUUCCCAGCGUUGACAUGGAGAUUAUGACCGAUGCCUUUUUGACAGCAACCGUACUUGCAGCUGUUACUUCGAACCCUGGUGGCAGUGAGAAUAUCACACGCAUUACUGGUAUUGCCAACCAACGUGUCAAGGAGUGUAAUCGUAUUGCUGCCAUGGUGCAUGAACUUACCAAAUUUGGCGUGACGGCAUCCGAAUUACCUGAUGGCAUUCAAAUCCAUGGCAAGCCCAUUAAAGAGAUCAAGGCACCCAAGGAAGGCGUUCAUUGCUAUGAUGAUCAUCGUAUUGCCAUGAGCUUUUCGGUUCUUGCUAGCGUUGUUCCUAGUGGUACGAUUAUUCAAGAAAAGAAGUGCGUUGAAAAGACUUGGCCUGCUUGGUGGGAUGAUCUCGAAGGCAAGUUGGGCGUACGUCUCAAUGGUGUUGAUCUUGGUAAACGCAAAGGACAAGCUGGCAAUGUAUUGGGUCGUGUCAUGACCAAAUCUGGCAACAAGAUGGAUCAUGAAAAGUCGAUUGUUAUUGUUGGCAUGCGUGGUGUUGGCAAAACGACCUUGGGCCAAUAUGCCGCUGAGACGCUUGGAUUCAAAUUUGUGGAUGUUGAUCAGCACUUUGAAAAGACACAAAACAUCACCAUUUUCGAUUUCAUCAACACUUGGGGUUGGGAGCAAUUCCGUGUCAAGGAAACUGAGACCUUGCAACAGUUGCUUUCUAAUCCCGAAUAUGGUCGUCGCUACGUGAUUUCUUGUGGUGGUGGUAUCAUUGAGACAGCCGAAUCACGAGGUGUCUUGCGUGAGCAUUGCCGUGCUGGUGGCAAGGUGCUCCAUUUGGUGCGUGAUUUGGAUCAAGUCGUGAGUUAUUUGAGCCGUGACACUACACGUCCCAUGUUUGGUGAAGACAUGCUUGGUGUUUGGAAACGACGACGACCCUGGUACCGCGAAGUGUGCAACUAUGAAUUUGUUGCUUAUGCACAAGGCCUUGUGGAUGGUGGAUGGGUAUCACCUGUUGAUUGGGCUGCUAUCAAAAAGGAUCUUCAACGCUUCCUAUUGUUCAUUACCGGACGUCGUACCAAUCACGUGGAUUUGACACCAGGCCGAUCAGUAGGACCAACGUCGUUUGUGUCAUUAACGAUGAAGGAUUUAAGAACAGCUGUGGAUCGAUUGGAGCAAGUAUGCGAAGGCGUUGAUGCUGUUGAACUUCGAGUCGAUUUACUGGAGCAACCUGAAGCUGAAAGAAAUGGACUCAAAUCUGAGAUUGAGUAUGUUGGUGAACAGCUUGCUAUUCUUCGACGCAACACUGGAUUACCUGUGGUGUUCACCGUACGCACGCAAGGUCAAGGUGGCAAAUUCUCUGACAAGGAUGAAGAACGCAUGUUUGAAUUGCUGCAAUGGGGUGCUCGUUGGGGUUGUGAAUAUGUUGACGUUGAGAUGGGAUGGAGCCCAGCUGCCACACAAGCAUUGGUGGAUAUCAAGGGUGAAUCAUUGAUCAUUUCUUCAUGGCACGAUGUUCGUCGACGAACACCUUGGGGUAGCACUGGUCUUGAAGCACGCUAUGCUGAUGCUGACAAGUAUGGUGACAUUAUCAAGCUUGUUGGUGUAGCCACUUCAAUGGAUGACAAUAUCAGCCUUGAAACCUUCCGCAGCAGCAAAAAAGAUGAUGGAAAGCCAUUGAUUGCAAUCAACAUGGGCACUGUUGGACAAAUGUCACGUGUACUCAACGAAGUCUUGACACCCGUAACGCACCCAGCACUCUCAGCUAAAGCAGCACCAGGUCAAAUGUCACUUGCUGAAAUCAACACCACUCGUCACUUGCUUGGUUUGAUCCCUGAGAAGAAGUUUUGGUUGAUUGGCACUCCUAUUCAACAUUCCAUGUCACCUACUUUGCACAAUACUGGUUUCAAGGCAUUGGGUCUUCCUUUCAAGUAUGGUCUUCUUGAAUGCCACAUGGUCGAUUAUGCUGAGGAUGCUCUCCUUAAUGAUCCUGAUUUCGGUGGUUGUUCAGUGACUAUCCCUCACAAGCUGGCUGUGAUGAAGUAUCUCGACAAGGUCAAUGAUAGUGCACAAAUGAUUGGAGCUGUCAACACAGUCUAUGUGCGUUAUGAGGAAACCGAAAAGGGAGAAAAGCAACGUCGUUUGUAUGGCGAGAACACUGAUUACCUUGGUAUCAUGCGUCGUGUUCAGCCAUUGAUGUUGGAUCCCACCAAUCCUCCAGAGCAAGGUCUUGUUCUCGGUAGUGGCGGUACUGCACGUGCAGCUUUGUAUGCAUUGUACAAGAUGGGCAUCAAGGACAUUUAUUUGUGGAAUCGCACUACAAGCAAGGCGCAUGAAUUGGCCAAGGCAUUUGCAUCAUUGUGUACUGUCACCGUUAUUGAAUCAUUGGACAAUGCAAAGAUUGAACCUGGUGUUAUUGUUUCGACUGUUCCUGCCGAUAGCGGUAUUGAGCUCCCUGAACACAUUUAUGGUGGUAUCAAGGGUAUCAUUUGUGACAUGGCCUACAAGCCUCGUCGUACCAAGUUGUUGCAACAAGCUGAACGCAAGGGUUGGUUCUGUGUUGAAGGCAUCCAAGUGCUUAUUGAACAAGGUCUCGCCCAAUUUGAGAUUUGGACUGGCAAACAUGCACCAGCACAGCGUAUAGAGGAUCAAGUGUUGAAAGCCUAUGAGCUGUAA